CCGAAACGCCAUCUUCCCUCAUUUCUCUAGAAGGCUGUCAAGAUUACAUCCUCUUGGUGAUGUUAAUUGUUUAAACCACCAAGUCAAUUUAAAUUAAGGACUGGACUCUUAUUGUUCGUUUAGAAAUAUAUUAGAUUGUUAUAGAAAUUUAUGUUAUCAUUCAUAAAUUGAAAUGAGUUUUUUUGGAUUUGGGCAAUCUGCGGAGAUUGAAAUAUAUUUAGAUGGCCAAGAAACUCGAAAGACUGCUGAAGUCAAAACAGAUGAUAAUAAAAAGGAAAGACUUUUAUUGUAUUAUGAUGGAGAGACAGUUUCAGGAAAGGUGAACAUCAGCUUGAAAAAACCUGGUAGCAAGCUAGAGCACCAGGGUAUUAAAAUAGAAUUUAUAGGUCAAAUUGAAAUGUUUUAUGAUAGAGGUAACCAUCAUGAAUUUAUAUCCCUGGUGAAAGAAUUGGCUCGACCAGGUGAAAUGAUUGCAAACACGAGCUAUCCUUUUGAAUUUAGCUGUGUAGAGAAGCCUUUCGAAGUGUACACAGGGGCUAAUGUCCGAUUACGCUAUUUCCUCAAGGUGACCAUAAUUCGUAGGCUUGCCGACUUAGUUAAGGAAUUGGAUAUAGCUGUUCAUACUUUGUCCAGUUAUACAGAAAUGAACAGCUCCAUCAAGAUGGAAGUUGGUAUAGAAGAUUGCCUGCACAUUGAAUUUGAAUAUAAUAAAUCAAAAUACCAUCUGAAAGACGUCAUUGUAGGCAAAAUCUACUUCCUCUUAGUUCGGAUAAAAAUUAAGCACAUGGAAAUAGCUAUAAUCAAGAAAGAAACUACAGGACAGGGGCCUAACACUUUCACAGAAAACGAGACAAUAGCUAAAUACGAGAUUAUGGAUGGAGCACCAGUUAGAGGAGAAAGCAUCCCUAUCAGGGUCUUCUUGGCUGGAUAUGAUCUAACCCCCACCAUGAGGGACAUAAAUAAAAAAUUUUCAGUCAAAUAUUUCCUAAAUCUUGUUCUUAUGGAUACUGAAGAUAGAAGAUACUUUAAGCAACAGGAAAUCACUUUGUGGAGGAAAGGUGACAAAAUACGUAAGAACAAUGCUCAUAGUCCAUCCAUCAUGGCUGGUACUCAAAACUUGCAGAACACAGCUAUGGCACACCAGAAGUCAUUGGAAAACAGUGGAAAUAAUGACAUAAUCAACGAUGAAGAUGAAUCUCCUGAAGAUGUUGUGCCUGCAGUGAAGGAAGAUUUUAUGAGAGCUCCGAAUUCUGAAUCGAAUGAUAAAUUGAGUAAUAGAGAUCCAUUCGAUGAUAAGACAUCACCAGAAGAAAUUGAGGAAAAACAGAUUCAAAAUAUGACCAGAGAAGCAGGCGAUGGAGAAAACGAUAACAGCAAUAAUAUUGCAGAGUGAUAGGAAAAGCAAAAAUUGAAUAGGAAAUAUCAAGGAAAGUGCUAUUGGAAAGAAUUAUAUAGAAGUGUUUGUAUAUAAUGUAUUUGUUAUAUCAACAGUUUGAAACUGUGUCAUGUAUAUUAUGAAAUUUAUUAAUUUACACUUUAUUAUUGUAUAUUUCUCAUAUAGUAAAAGUUACUGAAUAUCUUGA